GGUUUGGGUCCUCUAUUAACCACUUGUCCUUGCGUUCUCUCUCGCUCCUGCUUCCCUCCCCCCCUCUCUCUCUCUCUCUGUGCAUAUGUUCUGGUGCAGGAUUCGAUUUGCAACAGGAGAAGGAAGUGUACUUUUGCUGGUGUGCUUCAUCACUUCUGCUGGCAUGGACCUGAUGCGGAGUGUGAAUAACAAACUGAUACGGCUGAAUUGUCCGUAUGCCUCCAUGCCAUACGAGUCUAUGCUUUAUGCUGGUGAUGGUCGGUAUAAGCUCUUGGAAUGGCUCUUUAACAGAUUGCUGGGGGAGAAAUCGCCUUUUGCGAGACAUAGCCCUGUCUCCUCUGAUGGGAUGCUAGAUGAAGACGAGUCUGUUCAAACAAUGCGCUUGGCAGAGAUUGCGAAGUUUCUGGGCUUAACUGAGACUUCUAAUACAGAGAUAAUCCAGGGACAGGGAACUUACGAAGCUCGUGCCAAGUUCCUGCAUCUAGUCACGGACUUGGUCGAAGCGAGUCAGUUUGCCGACACGCCGGAGUGGAGCGUAGACGAGCAAGCAGCCAGAGAUGUACAGCUGCUCGAUGCUCUGUGUGAAAAGCAGGCUGUAGUCCUAUCAGAAGAAUGCAAUCUCUUCCCUAGGGACACACAGUUCAACAUGGUGCAGUCAGUACCUCCCAUCUCUGCUCUCGAGAGUCAGUUGGCUGAGUACUCCAAGGAAGUGGACCAUCUUCACCAACUGGUGAAUGAGUUGGCGAAGAAGAGGAUCUAUAAUGCCAACGAACACUCUGCAAUUGCUGACAAGGAUGUCCAAGAGAAGCUCGCACUUUUUAUCGAGACUGCCAGAACGUUCAACGUGGUCUUUACGAAGGAAAUACAACCUUGGACACAUAGAAUGGAACGACCACAGCUACAUGGCCUGGGGCCAGCUUCGAAGCACAUACGGGACUGUUAUGAGACCCUCAUGCGUUUGCUUAGAGGGCUGCGAACCAUCAAGGACUCGUGUAUGGCCCUCGGAGGGGGUAUGCCUGCGGAUUCGGGCGGUCGUGAAGUUAGCAGCCCGAUGGGACCAGCGAUCUCGGCAAAGUCGCUCUCGCUCUUGACGAGACUCAGCAACGAGUGUGAAGAGGCUCUGAAGGUGCUCAAGGAUGGCGAACGUAUUCUCGCGCAGGCUAUGCCACGCUACAUGCAGAAGCGAAUGCAGCGGCCCAACGUUCGCAGCAGUUAGUCACUGUCACUGCAGUAAAUGCCAGUAAGCCAA